UUGCGUCCUACUGCCAUUUUGUAGUAGAGAUCGGUGAAGGGAACUCGGCACACGUUGUUCUAUAGAUGAAUAAUACGGCUCCAGUAUAAGGGAUUUGAAUUAAACUCGAAGCACGAUGCUUUCUGCAGCCCAGUUACUCGAUGAGUUAAUGGGCCGGGACCGGAACUUGGCUCCGGAUGAGAAGCGUUGUAAUGUGCGCUGGGAUGACGAGACUGUGUGCAGGUACUACCUGUGUGGCUUUUGCCCUGCAGAGCUGUUCACCAAUACCCGAUCUGACUUGGGUCCUUGUGAAAAAAUCCAUGAUGAAAACUUAAGGAAAUUGUACGAGAAGAGUUCCCGCUUUAUGAAGGAAGGAUAUGAGAGAGACUUCCUGAGAUACUUGCAGAGUCUCCUGGCCGAGGUGGAGCGCAGAAUUCGCAGGGGUCAUGCACGUUUGGCGCUGUCACAGGCCCAGCAGAACGCUGGGAUGCCAGGUCCAGUGGGGAAGAACGAGGAGAAGGCUCAGGUUCUCACAGAGAAGAUUGAAGAGCUUGUUGUUCAGAUUGAGGAGCUGGGCUCAGAGGGCCGUGUUGAGGAGGCGCAGGGUAUGAUGAAGCUGGUGGAGCAGCUGAAGGAGGAGAGGGAGGAGCUCAGUUCCACACCUUCAACUAUCGAGAGCUUUGCGGCUCAGGAGAAGCAGAUGGAGGUGUGUGAAGUGUGUGGUGCUUUCCUCAUAGUUGGUGAUGCUCAAUCCAGAGUGGACGAUCAUCUAAUGGGCAAGCAGCAUAUGGGAUAUGCCAAAAUUAAAGCCACCGUAGAGGAACUUAAGGAAAAACUGCACCGGCGCUCGGAAGACCCCGAGAAGGAUGACCGAGGAAAGAAGGAGAAGGAGGACCGGGAGCGUGAAAGGGAAGAACGCGAGAAAAAACGCAAAGAGGAGGAGGAGGAGAAAGAGAAAGAGCGCGAGAAGGAGAAGGAGAAGGAGAGAGAGCGCGAGAGAGAGAGGGAACGCGAGCGGGAGAGAGAUCGCGACAGGGAACGAGAACGAGAUAGACGCGGGAGGCGGAGUCACUCCAACAGCAGGCACUCCAGCAGAGCGUCAGACCGUCGCAGGAGCCGUUCACGAGACAGGAGGAGGUCCAGGAGUAAAGACCGCGACAGGAAGCGCAGCAGGAGCCGUGACCGUGAGAGGAAGCGCAGUCGGGAUCGCUCGGACAGGAAGCGGCGCUCUCGGAGCAGAGAGAAGAGGAGAUCUCGCAGCUCUGAGCGCAGGAGUCACAGACACCGAAGCCGCAGCAGAGACAGAGACCGAGAGAGAGACAAAGACAAGGACAAAACUUCUAAGGACAAAGAGCACAAGGACUCCUCCGAUGAGAAAAAGAGCAGCAGAAAGGGCUCGGCUGAGAAGUCCAGCGAGCUCUCCAAGCCCGUGCCCAUGGAGGCUGAGCCUCCCAAAGCGGAGGUGAACGGCACAGCUGAAGAACUUCAUUGUGAAGGUGACACACAGUCCAAUUAAAACUGAUCUGAUAGGACCUCAGAUCAGCCCCAGGGGAAGUUGGACAGCUGGAAGAGAAAGACCUGAAGACGUUCAUCCCGCAACACAACUCCGCUGCUUUAAACAAGGUGAACCACAGACGUAGUGGUCUAUUACGCUAAAAUUAUAAAGAUGUACAGAUGUAAAAUGGUUCUGUGUCCCUUUUCAACGUUUUGACAGGACCUCUCCUGAUAUUUUAAUCAUGUUUGUUUGGAUUUCUUUGCUUUGGUCUUACUGCUAUAAACCCGUAGAUGCAGGUCCACCCUUAUUUCUGUUAGUAUGCAUUCAGAAUGAAUAAACAACAUUGUGGCAUGUUUGCUAUGUACAGUCCGCUCUCAAGUAAACUAUUGACGAUCGGUUUUGUUGAGUAUUUUGACUGGAAGCCUGAAAGGUCUCUUAACUGCUUAUUUCCCCUCUGUAUGCUAAAUCCCAAAUCUUUAUACAAUUUUAGUUUAGAGAAAUGAAUUUUCAUUUUGUUCCAGUUUUAAAAUCUGUAUUUGUCUCCAAUAAAAUGAAAAAAAAAAAAAUCUUUGU